AUGGACAAGCUGCACGUAGGCGUGAUUGGUGCUGGCCUAGCCGGCCUGAGAUGUGCAGAUGUUUUGCUCCAGAAAGGCCUUCGAGUGACCAUUCUUGAGGCCCGCGACAGGAUUGGUGGCCGCGUCUGCCAAACCGAUAUUGGCGGCGUUCCCGUGGACCUAGGCCCGAACUGGAUUCAUGGAACGGAAGACAACCCCAUAGUUGGCCUGAGCAAACGCUCCAGUACGGUCACGCAUUCAUGGGAUGGCAUGCAGGCAAUCAUUGGUUCUUCAGGGCAACCGGUAGAUCCAAUAACUGCUGCCAAAUUAUCCGAAUUCAUGUGGACUACUGUAGAUAAAGCUCUCGCAUACAGUCAGCACCACGGCGCUACAAUACCUGUCGAUCUCAGUCUUUUCGAUUACUUUCGAGAAGAGCUGGAGAAGACUUCAUUUACGAAAUCAGAACAGGAAACAUGUCUUGAACUAUCAAAACUAUGGGGAUCAUAUAUUGGUUCACCUGUUGAUAGACAGAGCCUGAAAUUCUUUUUUCUUGAAGAGUGUCUUGAAGGGACUAAUCUAUUUGUGGCUUCGACGUAUAAAAACAUCCUGCAAUCCGUUGCCCAACCCGUAUUGAACAACGCUGACAUUCACUUGAAUGAGCCAGUGGUAUCAAUAGAAGCAGAGCCUCAUAAACCUGAUUCUCGACAUCGUGUCAUAGUUUCUGUUGCCUCUGGGAAGAAAUACGAUUUUGAUGAAGUUGUUGCGACUUUCCCUCUAGGUUGGCUAAAGCGGAAUAUGUCUGCUUUCACACCCGCUCUUCCAAAGCGGCUGUCGACGGCUAUUGACAAUAUAUCGUAUGGCCAAUUGGAGAAAGUAUAUGUUCGUUUCCCAAAAGCUUUCUGGCAUAUAAAUGCAGACAGCACAGGCAAAAUAAUUGAGGGCGAGAGCUCUGAGACGGAAUCCAUCCCUGCCUUUACGCAGUUUCUACAUCCUUCAUAUGUUAACCACCCCCCUACCCCAUUUUGGAACCAAGAAUGUCUUUCUCUUGCCUCUCUCCCAGAGUCAUGCGCUCACCCAACGCUAUUAUUCUAUCUUUAUGGGCCCUGUGCAGCCCAUAUUGUCAAUCAACUAUCCGCCGUCCCUCGGGUAUCAAAAGAAUAUAAUACCGUUCUUGAAGAAUUUCUUAAACCUUAUUAUUCUCGCCUUCCAGGAUAUGAUAUCGCAUCGCCCUCUUGUAAACCCCUUGAAUUUCUUGCAACAGACUGGCAGCUAGAUCCGUGGGCCGGAAAUGGAAGUUACUCGAAUUUUCAAGUGGGAUUGCAGGAGGGUGACAAAGACAUUGAAACUAUGAGAGAAGGUGUUGGCAAUGAGAGAGGAUUGUGGUUUGCUGGUGAACACACGGCACCUUUUGUGGCCUUAGGCACUACAGCUGGAGCUUACUGGAGCGGAGAGCUGGUCGCAGAAAAGGUAUAUGGGGCUUUGAGGCGAGAUGCACGCCAAGAGAACAAGAGCUAA